AUGCAGCCGUCGAUGGAGUUUAUGAAAUCCUUAGGAAAAGGUUCGUACGGUUCCGUCGAUCUCAUCAAAUUCACGAACCCCGACGGCUCGAAUCCGUAUUACCAAGCCGUGAAAAGCUCAACCGCACACGACUACGAAUAUCUCUUCAAAGAGUUUAAGAUUCUCUCCAAACUCAGAGAUUCUCCGAGCAUCGUGCGAACUUUUGGAACAUCUCUGUCGAGAGGCGUCAAUGAUUACGGAGUCAGAGUUUACAAGAUGUCUAUGGAGUACGCAGCUGCCGGAAGUUUAACUUCUUUCAUGGAGAAAACAAGAUCAUUGCCUGAUUCGUUGAUACGAGACUUCACUCGUAUGAUUCUACAAGGACUCGUCUCGGUUCAUAGUCACGGUUACGUGCAUUGCGAUCUUAAACCGGAGAAUCUCCUUGUGUUUCCGGUUCACGAGUACGACGAGGAAGAUGGUGGUGGGUGGAGAGUUUCGUAUGAUUUGAAGAUUUCGGAUUUUGGUAUGGCGACUGAAGUUGGAGAGAAAAAAUCGGAGUUUUGGGAGUUUGAUUCUCCGUAUUUGGGGACGGCUCUUUACAUGUCGCCGGAGUCUGUUCACGACGGGAUCGCCGAGAAAGCGUUGGAUUUGUGGUCGUUAGGUUGCGUCGUGCUGGAGAUGUACACCGGAGAGCCGCCGUGGGCGUUUCAAGAAUCGGAGGAGCUUUUGCCGGUUUUGUUGAAUGGGAAUGCGCCAGAGAUUCCAGAGUCUGUUCCUUGGGACGCAAGGCAGUUUCUACAAACGUGUUUCGCAAGGAAUCCGGAGGAGAGAGGAAGUGCUUCGGAGUUGUUGUAUCAUCCGUUUCUCCGGAAUGUUUCUGAUCAGAGGAAGGCGAAGGUGAGGGUUAUCGGCUCCGGCGGGAAGAGAACGUCGGUGGUGGUGUUGAAAUCUAAGGAUUUUACAAAGAAGGCCCUGAGAGUGAAGAUUAUUCCACCAAAGGCACCGGAGUUUAAGAAAAUAAUAAAUAGACCCUUGAGGUUGAAGAUUAUACCUCCGAAACCUCGAGGAUGCAAUCUCGUUCCUGUUCAGUAG